UACACGGGCAUACCUUCAUAAGGUAAAUAGGUCGAUACAUGUCAUAGUCUUCUAUUUAUAAACGCUAACCGUGUGCUUCAUACAAGAUGGAUACAUACAUUUUUCUUUUCGUGAUUUUAGGAAUUUUAAAUGUCACAGAAGGUAAAAAAAUGUUGCGGUGUAUAGAGUGCGAGCACAUUAACUGGAACAGGACAUACAACUUUGAAGGUGUACAGAACAUAUAUCAGCUUCUACAGAGCAAAUAUAAUCCGGCAUGUGCCCAGUUAAACCCACGUGAUCAGAAUAUGUAUAAUCAAAAUUAUCAGAAUCAGCAAAAUCAGCAAAAUCAGCAACCACUUCCAAAUCAGCCUGGCAAUAAUUUCUACCAGAAUAGAUACGAUGUAAGGGAGACAAUUUGCCCAGUUGAUGCUGAAACAAAUCGGUGUAAUUAUGUGUAUGGGAUAGCUACAGUCUAUCUUCAAAGUUACAAAGCAACAAUGACCCUUGAGAUGCAUGUCAGGAAUUGUAUUGACGCAAUUGAUGUUAAAGAUGUAUGUUACCGCAGAGACACGAAUUACGGGUACUUUGAGGUUAAACACUUCUUUCAGGACAGGCUACAGUUUUUGGGAAGCGUUUCUGUUCAACGUUUUAUUGGCGAUCAGUGUUACUGUAACAGUGAUUUGUGUUAUCCAAAUAUCAGCUCCAGUCCCAGUUUGGUUGCCUCAGCUUCGAGCCUCGUUUUGGCAGUUCUUACCUUUAUUUUAUUUAAAUGAAUUCCACUUUGACUGAUCUACGUUCCAAUUUCCCAAUCUUUAAUGACUAAAUAUGAAUAGGCUUAUCGCCUUUAAAGGUAGACUAGAUUGUAUGUGUGUAUGUAUGUAUGUUUGUUGUUAUAUAAUGUAAGUAAAAGUAGACUUGAUCGCCUAUCAUCGUAAAAUUCCGUUUUAUAUUCGGAAUAAGUGAAUUUAGUUCUGAAUUGUAUUAUUAUAUAAAACAAGUCAUAUUAUUUCGAUGAAAAACACGAUUUUUUACUAUUUGUGACGGAAUACACGUCACUUUGACGGAUGUUACUCGACAUAUUCCGAAGUCUUUUAAUAAAUAAUAUUAUAAUUACCCUUACCAAAGAACUGGGUACGUGUAUUUACUUUCAUAAUGCAAGGUUAUAUCUCUCUAAGAAUACCAUUUUUUAACAACAUAUGUAAAACGUUUUUGAAUUUUUUAUAUAUUUUAAAAUGCUAUUAGGUUUUUAAGUUUUUUUUGCAGGUGCAUUUGUGUAUUCAUUUUGUACAUUUAGUAAAUUGUGGCAGGUGAUUUACGGUAUUCCAUUUGUAAAAUAAGUAUUUUGUUGCAAGUGAUUUUGCAGUAUUCCUUUCGAUAUAUAAGUAAGUUGUCACUUUUCGUUUCUCGGGAUGAGUAAAUAAAUGCUCGUAAAAUUCGGAAUUCCUCCUAAAAUAAGUAAAUUGUCGCAGGUGCAAUUGUAGCAUAUAUAACGUUAAAUUUCAUUUUUUGUUUAGACAUUAUAAGAUUUUUUACUUCACUUUUACAAUGUAUUAUGCUUUGAAAAUUGUAAAACGAUAUUAUACAGUUGUUAUUAUUAUCAUGUUUAUCAGAACAAAAGUAUUUUAUCGUAUAUGCACAAUAGGUAUUUUAACGUAUACAUUCACUAGGUAUCUUAUCGUAUAUGUUAAAUAUGUAUCUUAUCGUAUAUGUACAAUAAGUAUCUUAUUAUGUACAAAAGUAUUUUACCGUAUUGUACAAUAAGUAUGUAAUUGUUUAUGUACAGAGUGUUAUUGUGUAUAUGUACUUUUGUACAUAGUGUCAUCGCAUAUAUAUAUAUGUACAUAGUGCAUUAUCAGCAUUUAUCAUUGUGCCAUGUGAAUUAACUGAGUACACAAGUGUUAGUUAUUUAUAGUCUGAUUUAUAUGAAUGAAGAAUGAAUACACUCAAAAUUGUUUUUUGAAUACGCUGAUUGCGAAGCAUUGAAAACUUAAAUUACACAAAAUAAUGAGGAAUGAGCAUUUUGUUUUAAUCUGUUUUUUUAACAAGUAUGUAUAUUUGGAAUUUAAAUCCACAUAAAGAUCCAUAAGUAAAAAAAUAAAGCAAAAACACACACAAGUAGUACAUGACAAUUUGAAUGUGUAUAUGAAUAUGUGAACUCUUUGUCAUGUUUUAAGAUAUAGAUUUUGUUUUAUCAUUUUAGAAAAUAUGUACUUAUUAUACAUUUGAUAUUUGUAUACAAGUACUGAUGUACAAAAUGAUUUUUUUGUCUUACUUUUGUCUUACUUUUGUCUUAUCAAUACAGUAUAUUAGAAAAUGUGUACUUUUUAUCAUGUCAUUACAUUGAUUUCUGUUGAUAAAGUGCAUGCCUGAUAAACCUAGCUUUAUCAGUCACCCCAAGCUUUAUCAGACACCUCAUCAAAAUAUGCAAAAUUUGCGAAAUGAAAUAAAAAGAAUGGAAUAUAUUUUCCUGCUACUGGGUUGGAAAUAUUUAACUGAUAAACUUUGAAUCAAAUAGAAAUUUUGAAUAUGAACGCGUCACUUACAAUUAACUAAAAACAUUCGGGACUAUUUCUUUUUGAUUUGGCAUUUCACAUAUUAUUGCGCGCCGUCUGAACACGAGAGGUUCUGGAUAGGGUUUUGCUUCAAUUAAAAUAAAAGAAAUCAAACAACAAUUGAAAUUGAAAACAUGAUAAAUAGAAUACCAAACAAGUGUCUAAUAUUAUAAAAUUUAUCAGGCUCGGCACGAAAAAAAAUGAAGAGCUCGGCACAGCCUCGCCCUUCAUUUUUUUUCUUAGCCUUGCCUGAUAAAUUUUAUAAUAUCAGACACUAGCAUGGUAUUCUCUAUUUAUACGUUUGAUUGUACUAAAAUGAAUUUUAUGUCUAACAGAAAAACUGCUUCUAAGUAACAUAUGAUAUUGAUAUGUUUUUUUAUGUUUUAAUGAUCACCAUUUUUAAACAUUUUAGGUUGAAAAAAAGAUAUGAUAUAAUUUUAACAAUCUGGCCAAUAUUUAAGAUUUUAAUGUCUUGAUCUCAUUGACUUUUUUAAAUCAGUUAACAUAUUGUAUAGAUGAGAGCACUUUUUUAUAUCAUAGUGAGAAAAAAAGCAAAGUAAUAUUGUAGGCUGCUUUGAGCGUUGUCUGCUCUGAGCAUCGUCAGCUCUUAGCGUCGUCUGCUUUGAGCGUCGUUUGCUCUGAGCGUCGCCUGGAUUAAGCGUCAUCUACUUUGAACGUCGUCUGCUUUAAGCGUCGUGUGCUUUAAGCGUCGUCUGCUUUAAGCGCCGUUUAGUUUGAGCGUCGUCUGCUUUAAGGGUCGUCUGCUUUGAGCGUCGUCUGCUCUUAGCGUCUUCUGCUUGAGCGUCGUCUGCUUUGAGCAUCUUUGUCACAAAAUAUUCUGAAAUGCUCCAUCAGCCAUUGUUCAGCAGAAUCUAAAUAAUAAGCUUUAUAAAUGCUUUUUUUAAAAGAUUGAAAAAAGGUUAAACUUGGUGACACUUGAUGUAAGUAAAUGAUGUACUUGAACACCAACUGAACGUAAUUGAGCCGCGCCAAAACCAACAUUGUGCGUUUGCGACCAGCAUGGAUCCAGACCAGCCUGCGCAAAUCAGGAUCCAUGCUGGUCGCAAACGCACUAUGUUGUUUUUGUCAUGGCGCGGCUCAAUUAUUAUAUCAUUUUAAUAUAACUGAAUUGUUUUGGCAUAUCUAGAUUUAUAUAUUUUGUUAUAUAUUGUGCAUUCUUUUAGCUAGUCUAUUUUCAUUUUUAUGCUUUAUAUGCCUUUAUUAUCUUUAUUUUAUGCCUUUAUAAAGGGCCCAAUUACACGCACAUCAUGAAUUGAAUUUUUUUUUAUUAAGAAUCUUUUUAUUGUUUUUAUCUUAAAUGUCCUGUAUUGCAUAUUUGUUUUACUAAAUACCUGUUGUACUAAUUAUCUGCUAAUAUUUGUUGAUUUCGAGUUCAAAGUAUAUUUGAGUGAACUUGUAUGUACAUGUAUUUGAAAGAUUGCCGGAAUUCAGUAUGCUAUUAACCGGCCAUAACGGAUAAUUGGUAGGGUGUUUUGCUUGGCGCCAACUUUUCGUCUAUAUCGUCCGGUAGAACGGUUAUCUGAGGUAGAGUGAAUCCUUUGAACAAUAUAAUAACCGAAACGUUAUUUACAACGGUAAGAAUAUCAACGUUUUCAAUUUUUGCCUUCAUUUGAUUACUUAUUUCCCGCUAGACAAAAAAUAACUACUUCCGGGAAUGACUUCCGGUUACAACUCAUUUUUUUCCGAUAAAAGAUCUUGCUCUACUAAAAGAUUUUCUUAAAACUUACAUUUAUGUAAAUUUUGUCAUGAUGCCUGACUUCAGACAAACACAUGCAAAUAAAUCGGACAGGACUUUAGUAUAUUUAGUUUGUUUUGAUUUCCUUUUUAGAUCUUAUUUCAUUUUUAAGGUAUGAGUCAUUAUAAAGUUUGUAUUAAAGAAGUUAAUUGAAGGUUAAUUGAAGGGUACAGCUAGUUCUGAGAAAUUAAGGAACAUUUUACAUCAUUACUGAAUGUUUUCUGUUUUAGGAUCAUUUUAAAGACUACACAAUAAAUUCGAAAAAAGUUCCCCACCGUGUAUUACCCGCACUAUUGGAUGCAGGAUAGAUAUCAUUUGUGCAAACUAUCAAUGUAUAUUCUGACACCACUGACAGCAUUGACUUAAAAAUUAAAAAAUAAACAACUGAAAAACAACAACAACAACAACAUGUUGUGAAGUAUCAGCUAAUAUUAUCAUAAACAAAAACCUUACCUUCUUACGAAAACUGAUUACGAAUUAAGAUUAAUGUGUAAUGUCGCCGUACACAAUAUGUAAUGUGCUUCUUGUAUAUAGUUCUAUCUUUAUUCUAAAUUUGCAUGAUUUAAAUGAUGACAUUUGUAAAGUGUCGGAGAAAAAAAAGUGACAAAUUUUUAUUUCAUGCAAAUUUUUUGCAUUGUUAUACAUAUCUAAUCAUGUAAUUUCCACGUCAAUUUGUUGUAUUUUUAUUGUAUCAUUUUUGUAUCUUUUUUGUUAUUUUUUAUUAUAAAAGUUUCUGAUCAAUUUAAAUGUGUAAUCUAUAAACAGCAAUAUAUGUUUUGUUUUUUAUUGGUAUAUAUUUUGUAAUUUGUGAAACAGCACUGUUUGUUUCGAGUGUAUUUUAGAUUUAUGCAUGACUGUAUAUACCUUUUCAGGGACAUAGAAUCAAAUUAAGUCGUUCAUAAGAUAGAUGUUUUUAUUUAAUAAAAUUGAAUACAGUCUAAACAUCUUUUAUUGACUGUAAGAUAGUAUCUUGAAAUUGCAAUUAAAACAGUGUAAGCGAUGUUAUAAGUUGAAAAUGGUAAGCAACAGUAACGUAUUUAUGUAUACAAACUUUUAUUGAAAAAAGUCAAAUAGAUUAUACUGAUAAUUUGAUAUGACGAGUAAUUAAUGUAAUAUAGCGUAGUGAUAAUGAGAUUGAUAAUUAUGAUUAGUCAAUGUAUACAAUAUGAUAUGUAAAUUAUAUAUUUCGUCCAUACAUUAAAACAUGCUCUAAAGUUACAUAA